AGAAAUCGUAGAUGAUUGAAGACGAGAAAGCAGGCUUGCAGCCGAUGGACAUAAGUGAUGCUUCUGUGUUCUUUUUUCAGGCAGAUGUUGAAAGCAAAGACUUCCUCACAAGUCUCUUUGACUGUGAAGGUAAAUCAGAUGACAGAAUGCUUCGUUACGCCGAUGCGAUAAUCGAUGUUCAAAAUCUGAAUUUUGAUGUUUCUCCUCAGUGUCUGCAAUCGAACAUUGCCGAAAUAAUCACAAAGUUUGUACUUUUAUCUCAAGAUGGAUCAAGAAGGGGGCUGUCAAGAUCGUUCAAUUUCAUCGACCCUGAUAUCAUUGCUGGAUGUCGUGAAGAAGACGCCAUCGAGUUUCUCUUAAUCAAUUUUGUUCGUUGCCAUCAUGAGCUUGGAAAGAGCGGUACUUCAAAUUGCUACAAGAAAACUCUCGAAUCUACCAGGAAAGCAGUUUUCUCAGUUUUUGUGAUGAUACAGAGAGGCUACUUGGAGAGCCAACUUCGCAGCCAACAUGCUAGUUUGGUGUUCACAAAAAGACUUCUGGAGGAUACGGUGUCAAAUGUUUUUCUAAGAACAUUGGUUGAAUACCUUGCAAGUACAGAUGAAUGCGAUGAAGACGCUAUUACAGAAACAUUUAAUCCAAUUUUCGGGAUUUUGCGGAGCGGAAUUAUUUGUCAACGCUUUGAAGACAAUAAGGACGAAAUUGUUCGUCAGAUCCUUCGUGUGAUGAACUUGCUUCUCAGUAUCAGACUCCCUUCAAACGGACCUCGCCCACUGAGUAACCUACUUGUUAAUCGAGAAGAUUUUCUCCCAACGCCGUCCGAAAAAAUACAAGGACGCGAGUUUGGUUUAAUGUCCUUCCUAGGACCGUUCUUUUCGUACGGCCUCGAAUCAUCAGCAAGGCGUCCAAAUCAUCGAGUUUUUGUGGAUUGUGAAGAAGAUGCAAGAAAAUAUGAUGGAUCAGUCAACACUGAGCAGAAACUGUAUUUCCAAAGAAUGGAUCCAAUUCGAACUAUGCUUCAUCAAUUGAUGCUUCCGCUUGCUUCGGAUCAAGGAAGUCGCAACAAAACUCUAAGAUGGAUUGCCACCAUCAUAAGCACCAAUGACAUUCGCACUCGUUCACAUUAUGAUCCUUCAGAUGUCUUGUGUGAUCAUUAUAUGACAAAUUUUUUGUCCGUGAUGUACAUGUUUUCCGAGAAAAUCGACUUGUCCAAAAUUAUCGUAGAUUAUCCGUUUUUACCGAGUUCGCUUAUAAAUAUUUCCAAGGAGACUCGUCUCAAAAUGGACGAAUCAGGAGCAGUCGCUUUUGCUAGCCAAUUCGCAGAUCGUCCAGAUGAAUAUCAUUUCUCUACAGUCUGCUUCUUCCUGACAAUUGCAGCACAGAGGCUCGUUAUUCCUCCAUUGAUGAAUCAAAUAAGUGAAUACUCUCGACACCUUAAGGAGCUCAAGCAUAAGAUCAAUGCGCUCAAAGAAAAACUAAAUACUGUGUCAGGAUUCGAGAGAGCUGAGGUGGAAAAGAAGUUGAACUAUGAGACUGAACACUGGAAGCUCAUGUCUCGUCAUCUUUUAUGUGUUAAGACACAAGCUCAAGAUCCUGCAUUAAUGGCAUCUUCUAUGGAUUUUGUCGAUAAGCAGAUGAAAUUCAUUUUGAAUUUGCUUUGUGAUAACUUGGAUUUGCUCGGAGACGACAGUCAACUUCCAACUGAAGUAUCACAAAUGUUUUGUGCGCUCCCAGAAUAUUUUCUAGAGGAUGCUCUCGAUUUUUACAUAUUCGCUAUUUCCAAUGGAAUGAAACUGCUCAUGGAGAGAAAUGCGGAUUGGAUUUCCCGUCUGACGGUCCUUUUCACACAAUAUCACUACAUCAAAAGCCCAUUUCUCGUUUCCAAACUGGUGAGAGUGCUGUCUUCUAUUCAACCUCCAUUAUGGUUCAACGUGGUCAGACUUCGAAUGGCACAAGAAAAUUUAUUGAUGUGCAUGAUAAAGUUCUACUCGGAUUUCGAAGACAAUGGUGACUUUUAUGAAAAGUUUAACGUUCGUGGAAAUAUCCAGUACAUGUUGGAAAAAAUGGAGGAAGAUAUGUUCUACAAAGGAAAGUUUAUGGACAUGGCAAGAGAAUGCGGAGCAGAGUUCAUUCGGUUUGUCAAUAUGGUGAUUAACGAUGCAACAUGGUGUAUAGAUGAGAGCUUGUCUGGUUUGAAGAGUAUCCAUGAUGUUGAGAAAAAGAUGGCGAACAAAGUCGAAUGGGACAACACAGAUCAAGAAAUCCGUAAUCAGGAUCUCGGCGUGUACGAGGAGGCAAAACGUAAAGUGAAGGGAUGGCUUGGAACAGCCAAAAGUAAUCUUAAAUUGCUACUAUCGAUUACCGUAAACUCACCCGAACCUUUCCGUACUCCGGUUCUCGGCGAAAGACUUGCUGCAAUGUUGAAUCACAAUUUAUCGCAACUCAUUGGUAGCAAGGCCUCCGAGUUGAAAGUCAAGGAUCCAAGAAGUUAUGGAUGGGAACCACGGGAGUUUGUAUCGUUGCUGAUCUCAAUCUAUUUAAAGCUGAAUAUGCCUGCAUUUGUUAAAUACAUAGCAUACGACGAGCGUACCUACAGUCCUGAAUUCUUCCAUAAUGCGAUUGAAUGCAUGAGAAAGAAUAGUAUUGUUGGAUUCAGUCAACUCGAAAGUUUCGAACAUUUGGCCGAAGAUGUUAAAAAAGAGUAUGAGGCAAAAGCUGAGCUUGAAGAAGAGUAUGAUGAUGUACCAGAAGAGUUCAAGGAUCCUAUUAUGGAUGCAAUUAUGGUUGAUCCUGUCAAAUUGCCAUCAGGACACGUGAUGGAUCGUGCAGUCAUCGAGAGGCAUCUUCUCAGUACACCCAAUAAUCCGUUUAAUCGUGCUCCCUUGUCGCACAAUGAGCUUUCUCCCGAUUCUGAGUUGAAGGCAAAGAUUCAGGAAUGGAUUUGCCAGAAAAGAAAUUCAAAGAAAUAAUUUUCUAUCAUAUUCUAUUGUUACCCAAUUUUGUAUUUAUUGUACUUGACCAUUGCACAUGUGCAAAAUGUCUGUAAAUUUCACGCGUUCCUUUCAUUUUAUAAGUUUUUCUGGUCUCUCAAUGGUCUAAUCUUUCGGUUUCGGUUUCAUUUUCUGCAUGGAUUCCUUAAAGUUGGUAUUCUUGCCCUCUUUCAUCAAACCUAAAAAACACGAGUAGUGCCUUGAAUGUGAAUAAAUUUAUACUAAUUUA